AUGCGGGAAAUCGUGCAUAUCCAAGCUGGACAAUGUGGCAACCAAAUCGGUGCCAAGUUCUGGGAGGUGAUCUCGGAUGAGCACGGCAUCGACCCGGCCGGUGCCUACCACGGAGACUCGGCCCUACAAUUGGAGAGGAUCAACGUCUAUUACAACGAGGCGUCUGGUAGCAAGUACGUGCCGCGCGCGAUUCUCGUCGAUCUGGAACCUGGUACCAUGGAGUCGGUGCGCUCGGGACCGUUCGGGAAUAUCUUCCGGCCGGACAAUUUCGUGUUCGGCCAAUCCGGAGCGGGUAACAACUGGGCGAAAGGUUAUUACACCGAGGGUGCGGAACUGGUGGACUCGGUGCUGGACGUGGUGAGAAAAGAGGCGGAGAAUUGCGACUGCCUGCAAGGUUUUCAACUGACGCACUCGUUGGGCGGUGGUACCGGAUCCGGGAUGGGCACCCUAUUGAUCUCGAAGAUUCGGGAAGAGUAUCCCGACAGGAUAAUGACCACGUUCUCCGUGGUACCGUCGCCGAAGGUAUCCGACACCGUGGUCGAACCGUACAACGCGACCUUGUCGGUGCAUCAGUUGGUCGAGAAUACCGACCAGGCCUAUUGCAUCGACAACGAGGCGCUCUACGACAUUUGCUUCCGCACCUUGAAACUCUCCACUCCCACCUACGGAGAUUUGAAUCAUCUGGUGUCGGCUACCAUGUCCGGUGUAACCACUUGUCUCCGAUUUCCCGGACAGUUGAACGCGGACUUGAGAAAACUCGCCGUGAACAUGGUACCGUUUCCGCGAUUGCAUUUCUUUAUGCCCGGUUUCGCGCCACUCACCUCUCGGAGAAGCCAGCAGUACAGGGCGUUGACGGUACCGGAGCUCACUCAACAGAUGUUCGACGCGAAGAACAUGAUGGCUGCUUGCGACCCGAGGCACGGACGAUAUCUCACCGUGGCUGCGGUCUUUCGUGGAAGGAUGUCGAUGAAGGAGGUCGACGAGCAAAUGCUCAACAUUCAAAACAAGAACAGCAGCUACUUCGUCGAGUGGAUCCCGAAUAACGUGAAGACGGCCGUUUGCGACAUUCCACCCCGCGGUUUGAAGAUGUCCGCCACCUUUAUCGGCAACUCCACGGCUAUUCAGGAGCUGUUCAAGAGGAUCUCCGAACAGUUCACCGCCAUGUUUAGGAGGAAGGCUUUCCUUCAUUGGUACACGGGCGAGGGUAUGGACGUGAUGGAGUUCACCGAGGCCGAGUCCAACAUGAACGAUCUGGUUUCGGAGUAUCAGCAAUAUCAGGAGGCCACCGCGGAGGACGAGGAGACAUUCUGCGAGGAAGAGGAGACAGAGAAGUGAGAAACGCGUUUGCCGGGACCGUUUCUCCGCAAUCUAUCUACCGGGUCCUCGACUCGAGUCCCAACCAGAGAAUCCGAUCCCACCUGUUUCUGCAAAUUCUUCGUGUAACACGUGCCAUCGAUCCACGUAUCGCGAAACGUUUAGUUUCGCCAACGUAAACUUCUUGUCUUUUUACCGUAUUUUAACGAAAUCUAUUUUUCUUCCCGCCAUUUGUACAUUCAUCUUUCUACGUUUGUUAUUUUCGACGAAUUUUUACGCAUAUAGACACACAUGUACACCAAUGCACAUCCCCUACCCCUCACCUUCCCCCUUACCUCCCCAUCCCUUCUUUCUCACAAUGCUCGCAUGAUACGAUGUAAUACUGUUUAGAUAUAUUUACGUAGAUACACGCACGCACACACGACAUGCGCACGCACGCGCGCACACACACACACACACACACACA